CGUUCAAUUUGUCGGUUGAUAAUCCCGACGAUCUUGGGAUAGCUAUGCGAAAUCUACUCGCUGCUCAAGCAGCACCAGCGGUGCAACUGGCUGAAAUCAAUAACAGGACUUGUAAAACAUGCCACAAACUGUUUGCCUCACGUGGAAACCGAGACAGACACAUGAAACGUAUGCACAACGUUCAGCUGAACGAUGCAGCAGAAAAUGAUUCCACGGAUGAAAAUAGUGAAAACGGUGAAAAUCGCGCAGCUGUUUCGGAUACUAAUAAUCAGGCAGCAAAGGAUGGAACGCAUGAAAUGGUGAACGAAGCGGAUACAAGUACCAAUAAUGGAGGAUCAAUGGAUUCAGUUCAUGAAAUGAACAACAGGAUGGAAAAACGAACAAAUGACGGGGCAUCUAUGAUUGACGCACAUCAAAAACAACAACAGCAACAUUCACGUUCACGCUCACGUGACAGAACUUCCUUGUUUGAUUUAGAAUCGGAUUCUGACUCGGACUGGGUUCCGGCUUGUAGUCGAAAAAACGCUUCAACCAAAGCCUGUAGCGGUUCAAUCACCCGUUCCAGAAGAGCUGCAUACACAAAAUCAACUCAUCCAAUGCCAAAGCCAGUAGCGAUUAAGACUGAGCCAGUUGAAAGUGAACAUUCCAUCGAGCCUUCAACUUAGGUUGGGCUGAAGCCUUUUUUCAUCGAACGUUGACAACGCAUACUCUAUGAAAUGCCAUUUUAAGUGGAUUUAUCAUUCAAUACCGAUCUUGCUUAAGUAAAUGUUUGUCAUGAUUUAUAUGCGAAUAGAAUAACUUUUGAAAAGCGAUGUAAUUAAAUGAAUAUUAUAAAAAUUUAAACGAAAACCAUACUGAGAAAAUCGGAAACAAAUAUUCAAAUAGUUUUAAAAACGAUUCAAUUACUUUUGAUUCCUCUAUCCAGCCACAAGGCAAAUGACAUACUAAUAACUCAAUACACAAAAC